GAAGCCUGAGUGCCUAUAAAAAAGAGGAACGAUUAGUUGCAAGCUCGCUCCGACAUGCAGGCCUAGCUAGCUAGUGGAAGUUAGAUUAGCUUCAGCUUCAGCUGCUAGCCAUUCCACCAUGUCCACGGCCAAGUGCCUUACACCGGCCGCGCCCAGGUGCCUGUUCCCUGGCAGGGAGCACAGGACCACGGUCACGGCGGAAGAGUUCAAGCAGUGGCUGAAGCAGUUCGACACCGACGGCGACGGCCGGAUCAGCAGGCGGGAGCUCCGGGAGGCCAUCCGCCGCCGGGGAGCGUGGUUCUCCACCGUGAAGGCCUGGUGCGCCGUCCGGCACGCCGACAGGGACCGCAGCGGUUACGUGGACGACUGGGAGAUGGAGAACCUCAUCGACUUCGCUGAGAAGGAGCUGGGCUUCCAGAUAUCUAAGGAGCCGCCUGGUCGAGUGAACUCUUCUGGUUUCCUCAACAGGAAACGAUGAACUGUUCUUCUGGUUUUCAUGCAACAAACGUAACGUAUGAAGUACGAACGUAGCGUGGUCUGUACCGUAGACCGUAGUAGCUAUAUAACCAGCUAGCAGUUUUUCUUUCUUUGUUUCCCUUUUCUCUAUGUUUUUGCCACUUUUAGCUUCUCCUCCCGAAUAAUAUGUGAGGAAGAAGGAGGAGAUGUACUCUGGAGAUCGCAGCUUGUUUGAGUGCACGUAUGUAUGACGUAUUGAUGGUUAUAUGUUUUUGGUAUGUAAAUGAUCUGCAACCCGUUCUCUCGUGU